GUCCAGGCACUGAAAAAGGAGCCUUGCAGAAAGCUAGAGGGCUAGACGGACCCGAAGAUUCUAGUAUACAUUCAGAACUGAUUCAAAGAAACUAUAGUCCUGAGGAAGAACUUGGAAGUGAGAAAAUAUUUGACUGUAACUGAAACCAAAAUGUCCUGCAUAGAUCCCUAUCAGCACAUUAUAGUGGAGCAUCAAUAUUCGCACAAGUUCACUGUGACUGUAUUAAGGGCCACGAAAGUGACAAAAGGUGCUUUUGGUGAUAUGCUUGACACUCCAGAUCCCUAUGUGGAACUUUUCAUCUCCUCAACACCUGAUAGCAGAAAACGGACAAGACACUUCAAUAAUGAUGUGAACCCUGUUUGGAAUGAAACUUUUGAAUUUAUCUUGGAUCCUAAUCAGGAAAACAUUUUGGAGAUAACAUUAAUGGAUGCCAAUUAUGUCAUGGAUGAGACACUAGGCACAGCAACAUUUCCUAUUUCUUCUAUUAAAGUGGGGGAGAAGAAAGAAGUUUCAUUUAUUUUCAAUGAAGUCACUGAAAUGAUCUUGGAAGUAGCUCUUGAUGUUUGCUCUUCUCCUGAUCUUCGAUUUAGCAUGGCUCUGUGUGAUCAAGAAAAAAAUUUCAGACAACAACGAAAAGAAAACAUCAAAGAGAAUAUGAAGAAACUCCUGGGUUCCAAGAAUAGUGAAGGCCUGUGUUCAACAAGUGAUGUGCCAGUGAUUGCUGUAUUGGGGUCAGGUGGUGGAUUCCGUGCCAUGGUGGGAUUUUCGGGUGUGAUGAAGGCACUAUAUGAAUCAGGAAUCUUGGAUUGUGCCACAUAUAUUGCUGGUCUUUCUGGCUCUACCUGGUAUAUGUCAUCUCUAUAUUCUCACCCUGAUUUUCCAGAGAAGGGACCAAAGGAAAUUAAUGAAGAGCUGAUGGUCAGUGUCAGCCACAAUCCCCUUUUGUUGCUCACACCUCAGAAAGUCAAACGCUACAUUGAAUCAUUAUGGAAGAAGAAAAGCUCUGGACAGCCAGUCACUUUUACUGACAUCUUUGGGAUGUUAAUUGGAGAAACUCUAAUCCACAAUAGAAUGAACUGCACUCUAAGUAAUCUGAAAGAAAAAGUAAAUAAAGCACAGUGUCCUUUGCCCCUUUUUACCUGUCUCCAUGUGAAACCUGAUGUUUCAGAGUUGAUGUUUGCAGAUUGGGUGGAAUUUAGUCCAUAUGAAAUUGGGAUGGCUAAGUAUGGUACAUUUAUGGCUCCUGACUUGUUUGGAAGCAAAUUUUUUAUGGGCACAGUUGUAAAAAAAUAUGAAGAAAACCCUCUACACUUCUUAAUGGGUGUCUGGGGUAGUGCAUUUUCUAUACUGUUCAACAGAGUCCUAGGAGUUUCUGCUUCUCACAAUAAAGGAUCAACCAUGGAAGAAGAAUUAGAAAAUAUCACAGCAAAACAUAUUGUGAGUAAUGAUAGUUCAGAUAGUGAUGAUGAAUCGCAGGAGCCCAAAGGCACUGAAAAUAUAGAUGCUAGAAAGGAACAACAAAAUAAUAACCAAGCAAGUUGGGUUCAGAGGAUGCUAAUGGCCUUGGUGAGUGAUUCUACCUUAUUCAACACUCGAGAGGGACGUGCUGGGAAAGUUCAUAACUUCAUGCUGGGUUUGAACCUUAAUACCUCCUAUCCACUAUCUCCUUUGAGAGGCAUCUCUCCUCAGGAAUCUGUGGAGGACGAUGAAUUGGAUGCUGCUGUGACAGAUCCUGAUGAGUUUGAGAGAAUCUAUGAGCCACUGGAUGUCAAAAGUAAAAAGAUCCAUGUUGUUGAUAGUGGUCUCACAUUUAAUCUACCAUAUCCUCUGAUAUUGAGACCUCAGAGAGGUGUGGAUCUCAUUAUAUCCUUUGAUUUUUCUGCAAGACCAAGUGACUCCAGUCCUCCUUUUAAGGAAAUUCUGCUUGCUGAAAAGUGGGCAAAAAUGAAUAAACUUUCUUUUCCAAAGAUUGAUCCUUAUGUAUUUGAUCGAGAAGGUCUGAAAGAAUGUUAUGUCUUUAAACCUAAAAAUCCUGAUGUAGACAAAGAUUGCCCAACUAUCAUCCAUUUUGUUCUGGCUAAUAUCAACUUCAGGAAUUAUAAAGCUCCUGGGAUUCCAAGAGAAACACAGGAAGAAAAAGAUUUUGCUGAUUUUGAUAUUUUUGAUGAUCCUGAAUCUCCAUUUUCCACAUUCAACUUUCAAUAUCCAAAUCAAGCUUUUAAAAGACUUCAUGAUUUAAUGCAUUUCAACACAUUGAAUAACAUAGAUGUGAUCAAAGAUGCCAUAUUUGAAAGCAUUGAGUACCGAAGACAGAACCCAUCCCGUUGUUCAGUUUCCCUCAGUAGCAUUGAGGCACGAAGAUUCUUUAACAAGGAUUCCCUAAGCAAACCCUCAGCAUAGACUAUGUGUUAGAAAGUACAUCUAUUGUCUAUGCUACAGCAGUUUGUAAUGUAACAACUGGAGUUGCCACAAAAGGCAUCAUAGCUCUAGAGAGACUGGAUGGCACUAAGAUUAACAAUGAUUUUUGCUGCAUGAUAAUGAUACCAUUGUUGUCUUUUUGAAUGGACAAAUGUCAUUUCUUUAUGUGAACACAGGCUUAUUCAUGUUUUCCAUCAGGAUGAGCUUCCAAAUAUACUGUAGGAAAAUAUGCUAAAUUUUAAAACAUUCCUCACCAGUUGUUUUAUUUACUAUACUGUUUUUUGCAAUACUGAUUCUUUUUAGAGUGUGUGAAAGGAUUGAUGUCUAGGAGUACUACUUUCCAUGGAGUGCAAAUUUUAUCCACUGACUAGAUUUAUCAUCUUAUGGGACAACACUAUUUCUUAUUUAUGUAUACAGAAAUGUAAUAGAUAUCUUUAGCAAUAUAAAAACUAUUUUGUGAAAGCUUUUUUUUUUUUUAAAGAUUCAUUGUCAGCACGUUUAGUGAAAUGCUAUUACCAAUUCUUGAAUCCUCUGUCCCCAAAGCAAGAGGCUAAAAUUGAACAUAAAUAAAAUUAUCUCACAUUUAUAGAGGGCCUCAUGGUUUACAAAACAUUUUCUUCACAGCAACCUGAUAAGGAAGAUGGGGAGGGUAUUUUCACUAAUAUUUUAUGGAUAAAGAGCUAGAGCUAGAUGAACAUGGCUAAGUGCUUUUAGUUCCAUAGAUAAUGAGGGCUAAGAUUGAAACUAGAUUUCUGACUCUUAAUUCUGCUCUUCUUUUGACUAUUCCACAAUAAUAUCACAUCUCUAUCACCUUCAAGCUAUUUUUCCUAAGAAUUCCUGUGAUGUUUUAUUAAACCAAAUAAUGCACAUACUGAAUCAAGAACCAGAAAUGCAGGAUUCUUCUUUUAUUUUUUUUUUUUGAAAGGCAAUUGGGGUUAAGUGAUUUGCCUAGUGUCACACAGUUAGGAAGUAUUAAGGGUCAGAAGCCAAAUUUGAAUUUUGGUCCUCCUGACUCUAGGCCCCAUGCUUUAUUCACUGCACCAUUUAGCUGGCCCCAAAUGCAGAAUUCUUAAAACAGGUUUCCUAUACACAAAGAAAACUAAACUUAAAAAUAAAUUAAUUUUGUUUCAUUUUUAUCUUUUGUUUGUCUGUUUUGCUUUGUUUUCUUUUUCUCCAGAGAAUUGCUUAAAGAAAUGGUAAUGACAAGAACUGUCUGCUUAUGGAAGUUCAACUUUCCUAUUCUCAUCUGAGAUUAUCUAUAUCACAAAGGAUCAUUGAAUCUCACUGCCCCAUUACUAUUACUUCUUUGAUCCUCUGGGCUAUAGGAUUGAGAUUUGUGAAAUAUGGCCUUUCUCUUUUCUCUUUCCUCUCCCCUCAUUCCUUCUCUUUUCAUAUUUUAUAUUUCUUUUGAUUAGAGAGGUUGCAUUUUUUCCUCUUUCUUUCCACAUUCCUUCCUAUAUUAUUUUCUUCUGACUGUCUCUGCUUAUUUAUCUGUAGUACCUUUUUAUCUCUUCCUAUCUCGCUGUCUCUUGCUUUUAUAGAAUUAAAACCUGUAAAAAACCUCAGAGGUAAUAUUAUCCAUUCCCUCCUAUUAUGUAGAAGAAAACACAAGAAAGUGGAAUAACAUGUCCAAGUUCACAUAGUAAGUAAAUAGCAAAAUCAAGAUUUAAUUCUAGUUCCUAUAAUUUCAAAUCUAGUGCUUUCCCCACAUGACCAAAUAUACCUUAAUGUUACAGUAAAGCAACUUCUAGUAACAAAAACUUUCUCUUAUAGAUUAUUCCAUUUAAUAUUCACAACAUGCUUUUGUGAAAGACAGAGGUAUUCAAUUUUAAGGAGUUUCCUUAAGUUCUCUAAGUUGUCCUGGUGGAACCUACAUUUUAUGGUUUCUAGUUUAGGAUUCUUUCAACUACUCCAAAAUGCUAUAUUAAUUAAAGAACAGACAACUAUAAUUUAUAGGCCAAUUAUUGAAUUUGUAAUUUGGGGGUCCUUUAUUUUAUUUAGUAGAAGACAUUUGUGAAUUCUAGGCAAUUUAAAAUAUAUGGCAGAUUUGAGUGGUGCCAGAGCGCAAUAGAUGCAGAGAAAAUUACAAAAUAAGGAAGACCUCGCUUCAAGUUAUGUUCCUGAGUAUAUGACUAUAUCUAAGUCAUAAAAACUAUAGAAGGGAAUGGAUAAAAUGAUCUCUGAGGUUUCUUACAGGUCUUAAUCUAUGAAAGAAAGAGAAAGAGACACAGAGAGAAAGAAGCCAAGGAAUAUAAUUCCAAGAUUAUAUUCCAGGUGCUGCUCUGCAUUGUUUGAAGAAAUAUUCUCAAGCUAAUAUUCCUUAAACCAAUGAAAUUUCAGUUUCCUCAAUAUUGGGCCUCUAAAACAUACUAUGUAAGUUACUAUCUCAGCCAAUCAAUCCAUAAACAUUUAUGAAGUAUGUACUAUGUUCACUCUGUACCAUGCAUUGUGCUAAAGGCUCAGGAUACAAAAGAAAAAAAAAAAGUGAAAAAAGGCAAGGCAGUCCCUGUGUUCAAGGAACUUACAAUACCUUCCCUGCCUUUUUGUAAGGAUAGUUUUGUCGAUAACUUCUUCCACUUGACAACCAUCACAAUCAAGAAUACUGUAUGAUUUGAAUAAUGUCUCCUACUUCCAUACUGAGUGAUAAAAGAAAAUUAUAGGUCAAUGUAAUAACCUUUCAACUAUAUUUUUCAAAAAAUAUAUAACUCCCUAUAAUCCCAUGCAGUCUUAUAUCUGGAAAACUACAUUACAAUCCUGAAUCCUUUCCAGCUAUUGCUUCUCAAUCAAACAUGCCUUUCUUUUUCUAGCCCCUAUUCCUAGGAUAUAAAACAAUUAUCUUCUCACAACAGAAAAGGCUAAAUUCACUAAAAAUGGGGGAUUGAUGUAAUGGAGAGUGCCCAGGAUUUGAAUCUCAGUUUUUAUCUUAGUGUCUUCUACGGCCUGGGUGACCUUGGAGACAUUGUAUAAUCUCACUGGGUCUUACCCUUCUCAGCAACCAAGGACUAGGAGAUCUGUCACUAAGAUUCCUCUAAAUCUAUGGUCCUAAGAUUUCAUAAAGAAAUGGAUUAAAAACCAUCAUAAUGUGAUAAGUAACCAUCAAAAUUAUUCUGAAGCUAUUCCCUGAUUGUUUUUAAGCUCAGGUCUUUAUAUCCUACAGUCUUUGGCUGGGCAAUAACAUUUAAAGAAUACUAUUUAAGCAGAAUAUCAUAACCAGUUCUGUGGAGAUAUUUGAAGAGGCCCCUAACCUCAAAGAAAUUUUAUAGAAAUGGGAAAGAACAAUAUUUUUCUUUAAAAUAUACAAGAGAUAAAGCAUAGAGGAAUAUAAAGAAAUAUCUAAGUGCCAGCAGCUAUAUAAUUAUUGAAAUACUCACUAAACAAUUAUUAAACCACUUUUCAUAUGUAGACAACUGGGUAGACAACAGCAUUGCAAGAGACAAAGCUUGAAAUAAUAAGAGCUUCCUUGCUCUUAUAGAUCCUACAGACUACCAUUACAGAUAGAAGUUCCAGAGUAAAAUGACCAGAAUCUAGUGGGAUUGAUCUUCAUGAAAGGAGCAAGUCUUUUGAAGGAGAAAGAUGGAAUGUUUUAGAAGAUAAAGGGAAUCCUAAAUACUCUGCACUGUUUUAGCAUGAUCCUAUUGGGCUCAUGGAAAAUGUAGGAAGUAAAUUAAUAAAUGACCACAUAUUCCUUUCUCUAUUUACUUUAUUCAUAUUCUUGUCUUCAAUUAAUGCAAGUUUUUCUACUGAUAUUCUCAGUAUUAUCAUUUUUAAAUUUCUACCCACUAUAGAUAAUUGUAUACAUAUCUAUAUCCAUUCACACACCACAAUUAUGCUCUGAGUACAAUACACUUGGUUUGUAACUAAUGACAUGGUCAAGUUCAAAUGUUUGCAUCUUCAUCCCAAUUAGCAUCACGUGAAGCCAGUCAGCACUUUUUAUCUAUACUUUUCACAAUAAAUCAGCCUAGCAAACAUAGACUCAUUUAUCAAUAGAGUUAUUGUUAAUCAGACGGAUGGGCUCUUAUGUGAAUUACAGACACAUUUUUAAUUGUCGAAAAUGUGCAAGCUCCUGAAAAGUGUUUGCAAUGAAUUUUUCUUCCUAGACAUUGUCUUGAUACUAAAUAAAUCUACCAGGUGAUUAAUAAAUGCCUCUAGUAUUGAUGAAUAGAUUUUCCCCUUGCUUAACUUAGAACCUGUGGAAAAUCGAAAGAAAAUAGAGGCAAUUAUUUUAGCACCCUAUCUGUUAAAUUGUCACAGUAAAAGUCAAAUAAAAGUUGAUAUGCCUAAGCCAAAAAACAUAGAAAUGAAUUUUCUCAUUGUGCUCAAUAUGUUAUGCCUACACAAAAAUUGUAUGGAGGUUGAAAUUUCUUCAUGGUUGAGUGCUUAUUCUUGGCUUAUAUCUUUGUUUCAUUAGGAAAAAGAGCCAUACUUUAAUUAUUCCAGCCCUUCAUUUUCAACAACAUGCUCACUUAAUUCAUACAAUAUAUAGAACAAGAUUCUGAAAUAAAGACUAUACAAAGAUAAUCAGAAGUUUUUUCUGUCCUCAAGGACAAUUUAAUGUGGGAGAGGACAUACAGAACUAUCACAACAGAGAAUCAAGUAACAAAUAAUGUUGUAGACACUGUUUUAUGUGUUAGGGAUACAAAGUCAAAAAGCAAAGAAGCUACAUUUUAUAAUGGCAAGUACAUACAGCUACAGAAUAAAGUGAUAUCUAUAAUUUUGAGACUUCUAAGAGAGGAAUAUAAUUUUAAGUUUAUGGAACAACAAGGUCUUAACAAGUGAGAUUAAAACUAAGUCUUAAAGGAUGACUAGCCUUCACAGUCAGAUAAGAGAAGAGAGGAUUACAUAUAUAGAGUAAAUAUCUGGUGAACAAAAGCAUGAGAAAGCAAAGAAAGGAUUUAGAGAAUUGUGAUAUAAAUAUGAAGAAGAAUAGUUGUAGUUGGCAAGACUGAAAUUUUAAAAGUUGUUUUGACUGUCCCCAACCUUUGCUUUUCUUUCUGCUUCUUCCUCUCCUUCAACUAAUACUCCCUGCCUGCCCUGUUUAGGCAUUCAGAAACAUAGAGUUCCCCUUUAUUUAACCUUUAUAGCUUCUCUUUCUGAUUUUGUUUGCUUUAAUCCUCACAAUAUAUAUUGGGGUUAUCCCAAAUUCCCAAACCAGUGGUCUACUGCAGUAUGCAUUAGUUUUUGCUGGGAAAGAGCUUUCUGAUCAAAUUCCUAUUUACCCACCCCCUCCCCAUUUUUUUUUACUCCCAGUUUGCCCUAAUUACAACCUUAAAUGUUCUUAUAAUGAUAUAGUUAAUUAUAAAUUUUGCCAACCUUUCCAGAUACUUGGUUUCUUUCUUUUAUUUACCAUUUUAUGAGGUAAUACUACUCUUAAUUCCCCACUAUAUUAUUUGAUAAUAUUUUAUAAAAUGUUUGUAUUUGAAAUCAACAUGGCUCUUGGUUUUCAUGUUUCUUGGCAAAUGAGUACUGCUGGCUGAUGAUGUUCUUAAAGUCUUUUGGCCUUCUUGUUGUAGUAAUUGAUUUUUGGGGGUCAAACUUUCUUAGGAAUGAGGACAUUCUUUGAAAAUGCUUAUUCUUUUAUUCAUUUCCCAUGUUUUAAAAGUAUGACCAUUAUCAAUAUCUUGUUUGAACAGAUGAUGUAUUUUUUCAUUUUUAUUUUCUUCUAAUUUGUAAUUUAUUUUAAUCUUUGCUCUCACAAGUCUAUGGGACUCAGAAAUAUCUUUUAUUUCAGGAUCUAUUUAUUUCCCACCUUUCUAAAUGUUAUUUGAUACUGAUGAUAGUCAAUACUUACUGACUCUUUUUUGAAGAAAGUAGUUCUAACUUGUAAGUUGGUCAGAAGAUUCUAUGUAGUAGAGAAACAUUUAGCUUCUUUUUGUUUCUUAAUCUUGAGUCAGACUUUUCUACCAUGUUCCUAUAUCCAAUCUUGCCUUGAAAUUGUCUAAUAAUAAAGUCAAUGCUAAUUGAAUGUUUUUAAAUUUUAAAAUUUAUUUUGAUCUUAAACACAAAAAAGCAUUUUGAUGUACACAACUCAAGAUAAAAAAAAACAUGAAACAAUUCAUCUCCAUUCAUAUUGUUUACUUUUAAAAAACUAUGUAAUGACAAAUACAUGUCAUUAAAUAGCUUAAAGGAGUAUAAUGAGAUUUUGAUUGAAUUUUUCUAUAUUUGCAUCUUUGAUAAAUUUUAGCAAAUAAAUUGCAAUUCUAUUUAUGGUGGUUUUUAUAUGUGUUCUGAAAAAAUGAUCCUCUUCUUGCCUUUGAGUUCACAAUAAAAUGAUUCCUACCAACUUCUUUAUUUGGGUCUACCCAAGGAAAAUCUAUAAGCUAUUUUCCCAACAAUGUUAACUUCCCUUUUGUCUUCUGGUUUCGUUUGUUGCUAGAUUCCUAAUGUUUUUUUCUGUCUUAGAUACAGAACUCUAAACUUUACACCAAUGGUGUCAAACUCAAGUAGAAAUGGUAUGCCUUUUUCUUACACAUGGAUCCUUGCUGGAUACAUGUUGACUUGCUUCUAAAAUAAAAGAUUACUUCUGGUUUGA